CCAAUGGGUUGUUACUUGUUAGGUUCAAUGCGGGUAACCAAGGUAUAACCUAAAUAUUGGGUUCUCCGUAACCGGAAAACCACAUCAAUAUGUUGCGGUGACAACUGACUGCUGAUACGGGGCAAAUUCGGGGUCAGAAUAGCCAACCAAUUUGGUUUGGGUAACCGACCAAUUUGGUUCGAUUCACACAAACCGAACCGAACUCCACCCAUUCACAAUUUCAGUGGUUGGAUUGGUAUAUCGACUUACAUCGAUUAUCUAUCUAUCAAACAAGAGUUUAUAUAUCAUUUCAAUUUUAUACCAUCAUCAUGAUCUUCAAUCAAUCAUGAAUCCAUAAACCCUUUGUCGUCGUCUAUCAUGUUUGUCACCUUCCCAUGACAUUAGUUGUCAUUUUGAAUAUAUCCUACAUAUAAAACAUGUCUACAUUACAAUCUUCACCAUAGGAUCCCAUGUGAUGCUUUCGUCUCAUGUUCUAUCUCUUAGCACAAUCAUUGACUAUACUAAUGGGAAUUUAUGAAUGUGUGGAUGCGCAGCUACCUAAACACAGGAGACCCAAGAGGAACGGACUGGCUGCCGGCAGAAUGCGACGUCUCCAUUCGAACAGGCUGGUUCUGGCACAAGUCACAAUCCCCCAAGAAGCUCAGCGACCUGCUCGAGAUCUACUACAACUCCGUCGGCCGGAACUGCCUCCUGCUCCUCAACGUGCCCCCGAACACCACGGGGCUCAUCUCCGACUCCGACGUCAGGAGACUCCGAGAGCUCCGAACCGCGAUCGACACCAUCUUCACCACCAACUUGGCUACGGAGUGCCCUGCGAAAGCUAGCAGCGUAAGGGGAGGGAAAGGCGGCGGGUUUGGGCCUGAAAAUGUGUUGGACAAGGACCAUCUGUGGACGUAUUGGGCCCCCAGCGAUAGGGAAUUGGGUCGUGGGCAUUACUGGAUCGAGAUCAACUGUGGUGGGCCGGUGAAGUUUAACGUGGUGAGAGUUCAGGAGGCGAUCGGUUUGGGGCAGAGGAUAAAACGACAUGAGAUUUAUGUGGACGGAGAGAAGAUUGCGAAUGGAACGACGGUCGGGUACAAGAGGCUUCACAGGCUUGAGAAGGGCGUGGUCGGAGGGCGGCGCGUGAGGGUUAAGGUGUUGGAAUCUAGGGGCGUGCCUUUGGUGUCUUCUUUUGGCCUCCACUAUGACCCUUAUUGGCAUUCCACGUGGCAAUGACUUUGGGGUUGUUUAGGUUGGAAUUUGGUAAGGGUUUAUUGUGUGGAUGAUUGGAUAUGUUUUAAGAGGUCACUUGCAAGGUGUAAAAUAGGUUUGAUUAAUGAUGGCCUAAUGUGGUUCUGAAUUGUGGAAUUGGUGGAGGAUUAUAAUUAAUUAAAUGCAUCGGAUCGGAUGGAUAAUAUUAUUUAGUACAACUCAUUAAUGAUGUCGAAUAUAAUAUAGCACAAUAUUGGAUGAGUAUUAUCCAAAUGCCUCGAGCUAUCGUCAAAAGAGGCGGAGCUAUUAUGUUCAGAUUUCCUUUUGGGACGCGCUUGGGUAUAUCGCUUCAACCUAAAAUGCAUGUUCUGUUCUCGGUCCGUCUUUUUAAAUUACAUGUAAUUUUACUUAAUUUCGACUUCGUAAUAAGAUAUGGAUUCAAAGUUCCCUAGAUCCACCACCACUUCGAUGCCUUUUGAAAUAUACCCAUGGAUUUGAGGUAAUAUUUAUACUCAUUCAAAUAUUACAAUUUGGCAUCUACAUAUAAUAGUUUAUACCAUUUACCUCUUGAACAAAAUUUUUUAAUUUUUGCAGACAAGUGCCAAAAAAAUCAAGGAAAGUUACAAUAUGGUACCUAAUUUUUAGAUACAGCUUAAUACAUAAAAUUUUAGAAU